AUGGCCAACUUUUUCACCCAACCGAUAUUGUACGAAAUUAUGAGCCAUCAACCGCUUCUCCUCCUCCUUCUCGGACUCUCCGUGUGCCACGCCGUCAUCCGUCCGGGUUACGGUAGCGGACACAAGCAUUACAGCGGCGACGACUGCUCCGAUGAGCACCACCACCAACCGCAUCCGAGCAAGAAGGCGUCCACGUCGACUGUCGCGCCGACCGAGCCGAUCACCUCCACUGCGGUCCCGUCCACUUCGACCAUCCCACCCACGACGACUUCAUUGAUUGCGUCGCCGGUUUGUCCGUCCGGAUGGACACUUUACACGAGAACUCCGUCCUCUUACAAUCUGAACACUGGAUUGUGGUGUAUGAAGGUACGCUUUGUAUAUUGUAGAAUUGCCAAGUUCGCCGAUGUGUUAGAAGUCUGGAAAUUGUUUUGUGAAAACUUGACAUCUAGUAGAUCAUUUUUGUACUUGACAACUUUUUUCUACGGUCACUUCCUGGGGUACUGUAACGCCUUGAAGUUAGGACUUGAUUAGCGACCAGACAUUCAACACCUUUCUUCAAAGCGCUACAGUAUCCCAGGGAAUGGUCAUGGAAAAAAGUGAUCAACUACAAAAUUAUAGUAGUAAACGAGAGCUUUAUUUUUGUUGUUGACAACUUUUUUCUACGGUCAUUUUCUGGGGUAAUAAGUGUUCCAUUUGCAGCUGAUCACCUCGGCGACAAGUGUCACGAUCAACUCAACGUCCGCGCUGUGCCAAGCGGAAGGUGGAGUCCUCACCGACUUUGAGACGUCCGAAGAGAAGGACGCAAUCGUGGCAGAAGCGCAGGCGUACAUUGUGACGACUCUCGGCCUGUCCUCCGGAUCCAUCGCUCUCGCCGGGGACCGUGUGCCCGAGUGCGUCUCGAUGAACGCCUCCGUGAUCGCCGCGUCGCCGUGCAACGACCAGUCGACAAUCUUCAGCCUUCCCGCCUCCGCUAGCACAAAUCCGGCGUACCUCUGGACGACCUGGGCCAUCGGGGAACCGAAUUCCAACCACUGGACUUAGUAAGAAAUCCAAGAGAACUCACUCUCUUAUCGAGCGUUUCAGUGACGUCGAAGACUGUCUCCAACUGCACGUCCAACCGUCGGUCGCCGCCCAACACGGACUCAUCAACGACUUCUACUGCUACAGAACCGUCGCGCCCAACGAUCCGAGCAACACUCUGUACAUGAACUACGGAGCACUUUGUGGACAGGCGCCGAGUUAUGAGGCUGUCGGAAAAUAA